GAUAAGAGACUGAGUGACAUAGAGAGUGCAUCAGACACCGUGUGUUCUUGGGAGUAUGUGGGCUCUGUUUAGGGCGUCGAGAGCAGUCUCCUGCUCAAUGAGGGUGCCCUGCCGGGCGAGAGCUGCAGUUAGUGGUGUGGGACGCUGUAUUACACUGAAGGGUCAAGCAUGUUCACAUCUACAAGUAAAAACUAUCCACAAAGCCAUUUUAGUAGCUAUAAGCAGACCAGCAGGAACGCUGACAAGUACCAGUACUUUAGAUGAAACUACCUAUGAGAGGUUGGCUGCAGAUACGUUGUAUUCCCUCGCGGAGUUCUUUGAGGAUCUAGGUGAUCAGCCAUUCACACCAAGUGAUUAUGAUGUUUCCUUUGGGAAUGGGGUCCUAACAGUUAAAGUCGGAGGGAACAUUGGAACUUAUGUAAUCAAUAAGCAGACACCAAACAAACAGAUCUGGUUGUCAUCUCCCAAGAGUGGACCUAAAAGAUAUGACUGGACUGGACAAAGUUGGGUAUAUUUACAUGAUGGCGUAUCUCUUCAUAAAAUUUUAGAACAAGAACUUUCCCUUGCACUCAAUGCUACUCUGGACCUAUCUACCUUGGUGUAUUCAUCGUGAUGGACAGUUCGUCAACUUUCUUGUACAAUGAAGUCUGAUGCUCUCAUAAAUGACUACUAUGCAUUUUAGUUCUGUUAAUGUGACUUUGAUCACAAAACCUUUAGACAUUAUGGAAUCUGCUCUACAAUCCCUUUUUACAUUCACAUCU